GUGGUCCUGGGCGAAAAACAUCGCCAGAAAAGUGACCGACGGGGAAAACUUUGAAUGUUUUUAUACCCCACCUUCAUCUCGAUAACUAACCACGGUUCUCCAGAAUUAACAGAAACUGUCGCUGACAAAUGAGGUGACGGAUUUGACUUUGUUUGUCUUCGGGAAUAAAGUUGGGAAAGUACGAGAUGAAAAUGGAGAGCCCAGCUGAGUGAGAGUGGGGUGAGGAGGCUGGAUUUGGCAAAGUUGGGAGUCCUGCCCUGUUGCUAGCAGGCUAGUUAGCAUGCUCAGACACUCCGCUUAUCUGGGAUAACUAACGAGAGCCUCCCCUCCGCUGUUCUCCAGCCUGCCAUUCUCCCGGGGAGCUGCUUUAUCUGUGGCAAGAACGCUGCUGACAUUGCAGCUUCCCCCAAUGGAUCAGAGUAUAGUUGAUGAUAUUAUUUUCUCUGGAAGUUCUGCCUGAAUUUUUCCCGCACUUCUCCAAUAGGCGACCGCACUUAAACCUGUUUUAAGAGAACCUCUAUCCCUCCCCUACCCCGAUCAAUCAUUUUUUUGUCCCGUGAGCAUCCACACUAGCUGUUCUCAUGCAGUUUUCUGAACAUUCAACACAGUACGCCAUCUGAGAUGGGGCCCUGGUAGGUUCUUCCAGGGGCCUGAGCUACCCCCACCCUCCCCUGCCUGCCGACCGUGCAGGCCUGUAAUAGAACACUGCACCAAAAAGACAACCAGUGAAACAGUACUUGCUGAUGGAGCCGAGACACACACCGCUCUCGCCAACAAUAUAUUCAUGAGCUCUUGGACUUUUUAAACUGGACUUAAGUGGAUGUAUCGGGUGCGUUCAUGAAGUGCGACUGCUGAUGCCGGCUCAUUGGGACGUGAGUGGGUGUAAUCGGCUUUAUUCAUGAACCCUCUGUCUGAGUCUGGGUACGGCCUGGAUGUUGGAUGCCCUGAGUGUGUUGGGUCUGCUGUUGCGGUGAUGAGGCAGAGCUCCUGGUGGCCUGUGUGGCUGGCUGGGCAGUGGCCCAAGGUGAUGUGAUGGGGUGCAGGAACAGCAAGGUCCUCCCUGAGCCUCCAGGGGAUGUUCAGUUGGACCUGGUCAAAAAGGUUGAUCCUCCCCAGCCUCCUCAGACAGAUAUCUAUAAGCACUUCAUACGAGGCGAUGGCACUAGGAGCAAGAUGGGUGGGGCCGGUGGAGGGGGAGGUGACAAGGCUGGCUCUACCUCCCCGUAUCAGGCCCAGGCCCAAGCUGCCACUCCCACAGCUUCCGCCCAACCCCCUAAGGACCCGUCCGACCUGUCGGACCCCCAGCGGAAGAAGGUGGCGAAAUAUCGAGCCAAGUUCGACCCCCGGGUCACGGCCAAGUACGACAUCAAAGCUCUGAUUGGUCGCGGGAGUUUUAGCAGGGUCGUCCGCGUGGAGCACAAGAGCACACGGCAGCCGUACGCCAUCAAGAUGAUCGAGACCCGUUACCGGGAGGGGCGGGAGGUGUGCGAGUCGGAGCUGUGCGUUCUGCGGCGCGUCCGUCACACCAACAUAAUCCAGCUGAUGGAGGUCUUCGAGACGGCGGAGCGCGUCUACAUGGUGAUGGAGCUGGCCACCGGGGGAGAGCUCUUUGACCGCAUCAUCGCCCGCGGCUCCUUCACCGAGCGGGACGCCACGCGCGUGCUGCAGAUGGUGUUGGACGGCGUUAAGUAUCUCCACACUCUGGGGAUCACCCACCGGGACCUGAAGCCCGAGAACCUGCUCUACUACCACCCAGGAGCCGACUCCAAGAUCAUAAUCACCGACUUCGGUUUGGCCAGCAGCAGGAAGAAGGGAGACGAGUGUCUGAUGAAGACCACCUGCGGCACGCCGGAGUACAUUGCCCCUGAGAUCCUGGUGAGGAAGCCCUACACCAACGCCGUGGACAUGUGGGCGCUGGGGGUGAUAUCGUACAUCCUGCUGAGCGGAACCAUGCCCUUCGAGGACGACAACCGCAUGAGGCUCUACCGGCAGAUCCUCAAGGGGAAGUACAGCUUCUCUGGAGAGCCGUGGCCAAGCGUGUCCAACCUGGCCAAAGACUUUGUGGAGCGGAUCCUGACGGUGGACCCCAGCGAGCGGCUGACGGCGGGCCAGGCCCUCAAGCACCCCUGGGUCGUCAGCAUGGCCGCGUCCUCCUCCAUGAAGAACCUGCAGCGCUGCAUAUCUCAGAACCUCCUGAAACGGGCGUCGUCGCGCUGCCACAGCACCAAGUCGGCCCAGUCCACCCGCUCCAGCCGCUCCACCAAAUCCAACAAGGCCCGGCGGGUGAGGGAGAAGGAGCUGCGCGAGCUGAACCGCCGCUAUCAGCAGCAGUACAACGGCUGAAACGGGGACGGCGACAUGCCAGCAGAGUACAUUUGAGGAGGAAGCGGCACUACGAUGACGGAUUUAUCAAAAUGACUUCAACCAUUCAAAGUUGCUGCCAGUGUUAAAGCCAAAGGGGCUUCAAAUCCAAAAUAAUUGCCUUAAAAAACUAAAAGAGGACAAGACUUAAAUGACUAACAGUUGAAAAGUAACAGUUGAGAUUUCCUGUGGCAGCGUGUCUCCUCAUGAGGACAGACGAGGACACACCGGUCAAGUUUUGAACUCCCGUGGGUUACAUCAUCUCUCCAUCCAUCCCUUCACCCUUUUCUCCGGCAGGAUGGUGCCACUUCCACUCCUUUUGCUUUUUGUUUCUUCCAAAUCCCUGUGUCUCUACAUAUUUAUUUAUUAUUGUUGACAUGAUGAUUAGUCUCCAUUCAAACGGUCACUGGAUAUUGACCUUCCAUGAGGAUCUGUUGAACAGAGUUCUGGGUACUGAAGUUUCUAAGAAGAAAGGGAUACUUUUAGAAGCCCCACUCAUUCCUGAUUGGAAAUUGCUGUGAAUUAAUUAUUGUGCUAAUUGUACAGACCUUGUCUUAAGAUGUGGGUAACGCGAGCACACUGCAACAGAACCACACCCUUGAAGGUCAAAAUGAAGGUCAUUUUUUUAUUUAGUCCACUCUAAGCGUAUCUAAUCUUGCCAUUAUUGCUCUGUUGGUGCCAUUUUUUUCUGAAGCUGUCAAAAGAUUGUGAAGCUGUUAUGCGAUAAAUCUUCAAUGUAUUAGACAAUAGGCCACACAGCCGCGCUCACAGUGACUUCAAUAGAUCAGUGGAUUCAACCAUGAAGGACCUGCUAUGAUAGCUGCAUGUAGUUUAUAAUAACAUGUGACCGUUGAGGGUUUUACAUUUUCAUUCUAAGUUGCAUUUAGGAUAGCACAUGCAACAAUGAAGGCAACGAUCUCUGCCGCUGGUUGCACCAGCUCUUUGUAAGUUCAAACUUGGUUCUAACAUAUACACAAGUUUUUGCUUAACUUAAUUAAAGCGGGUCGCACCACACUAACUGACUGUUGCAUAGAAAUUAGUCGUCACUAGAGAUUCACUACAACCUGUUUCUGUAAUUAACCAAAACCCGAAGAGUUAAAGAAAUAUCUGAGCCGACGCUUUAUGAAUAUACUGUUUAAUAAUUAUGUUAACUGGAACGAAUCUAAAUUACAUUUCAGGAAAAGAACCUUAAAUUACCAAUAUUUUUUUUGCUCGGUUAGAAUAAUCUAAUCCAUCCCACUGACUCAAAACUGCAUGAAUACUAAUAAAAUUCUGCUCAAUAUUUACACAUAGAAAUAAAGCAAAAGAAUACAUACUGUCACACAUGAUUGGAUGUUAAGUUAAAGAUGUGAUUCGCCCCUUAAAACUACGUUUUGGAAGUUACGCUACAGCUUGUGAUGCUACAGUGACUUCCUGUUACCUUUUACCUGAUAAAAGUCUUUACAGGCUUCGACAUUUUUGUAGUUUUAAUGGAGCAUGCUGAUUUAGUGAAUGACUAGUUUAAAACUAGUUAACUUCUUGAUAUUAACAACUUCUUAAUGAAUUUACAAACAGCUGGUGCAACCCAACAAAAGUCCUGCCAUUUUUUUCCAACAUUUGUUACUUUCACAAGAACUUCUUUUAUUGGUCUUGUUAGCAUUCAGCUACAACGAAUCCAACCAGUAUCAGCCAUUGCCAGGCUGUCAAAUAAAAUGACUAUGUUUUUCAAAUGUUGCUGCCAUUGUAAAGGGUAGAUACACAUUUAGCACAGAAUAUGGAGUGAAAAUCGUAAGAACAUGAUGGACCGAGUUAGCCGGAGCAGCUAGUGGAACAGAGGCUAACUAGGAGAGGAGGUGAUGCAUAGAACAGGAGCUCUUAGGCUGAAAAAAACCAACCGCAUUACUUUUGAUUAUUACCCUCAUGACCAAAAUGAAGGAAACAACUGAAGAUAAUGAGGAGCAUUUAGAGGUGAAUCUAAAGUCCAAUAGUAUGUUUGAUUAUAAAAUAUUCUUAAUUACAAAACCUAGCACACGCAGUCUUAUGCAUACGUUUUCUUUUGUCUGUAAGUGCACUUAAGCAUCAUUGCAUAUUAAGGUUUUGUGAUUUCUCAGUUACUCAGAUCCUUUCAAUAUAAAAGUAAUAAUCUGAAAUUAGACUAGUCUAGUGAUUUUGUUCUUUGUAAUAUUGUGGUAGAGUGUCAAUGUUAAAAGGCUGCAUUACAGCACAAGUUUUUAAACCGUUGAAACAAAGUGAUAUGAAUAAUGAAUGCAACUUCCUGUUUGGUCAUGAUAGCCGUGUUUAAAUGACUGAUUUCAAAUGAUUCACCCUCAACUUGGUCAAUAUGAUGUAAUAUUUGAUUAUUGAAUAUUUCCCAAAAGUAGCAUAACUUUUUUCUGAAAAAUAGCUGAGGAUUUAUUUUUCUAUUUUGCUCAUUUUAUCUGGCGAAAGCACUUAAUCUAUACAUUUAAAUUUAAUUUUGUUUUUAAAUUGCAUUCUUCCUCUUUAUCAGACCCCUUCACUGCGUUUUAGUUUAUUUUGUCCCUUUUGAACACUCCCACAGUAAACUACAGUGUGGUCUCCCCUUCUUUACUUGACUAUUUUGCUGUGAUCUACCCCAGACUUAUAAAGUGUGUAGCUGUUGUGAACUUUUUUUUUAAUACACAUACUGGAAAUGUAACCGAGCCAUGUCAGCUGACCUCAGUUUUUUUUCCUUUCUUUUUGUCUUUUGUCUUUUACUUGUUCCAGGAUGCUCAUCAUGUCAUCUUUCCAUUUUUUCCUUGAUGUAAGUCUGAUUUAAAAUCGUAUAUUCUUUUGUCCCACUGCUGUCCCCUGCCCUGAUGUCUCUCUUCUUGGUGCGACUAAAUUGUUUAUAAAAGACUGUAAAUGAGGCUAACAUCGGAACUGGUACUGGCACACUCAAAUCUUCACACCAAAGUUUUAGAGAUACUCCAACCAAAAUGUGUCUCUUAUAAUAACAAAUGCACAGCAGCUUCAAAAGGAGUAGUUUCUUUCACAGAGCCGACAGCUGUGUUCAUCUAUAAAGAAAGAUUUGGCCUUAGAUCCGGUAGUUAGUUCAUUGUCUGUGUGAAAUAAAACAUGUUUGAUUUUAAAUAUCACCUCUAAUAGUCAGUCACAAAAUAAUAAUUUGUACUCAAAGAAAAUGCUGUGGUUGAAUUAGUCUGCAGCAUUGUCGAGUGCCUAAUUGUAAAUGAUGUUCGAUGAAUAAUCAAAUCAGUUGAUUAGCAGCUUCGCAAAAUGUCAGCACAUGUAUAAAAGUGUUUCCUUCCGUGUUUUUAUAUAUCUAUGUGAUUUUAUAUAAAUGCUGUCUUCCUAAAUGAAGUAGCCAACUCAUCACUGUUACCUGAAAACAGUUUUUUUUUUGUGUUAUUGUGUGUCAAAAUGAAUGAUAACACUUUGAUUCUUCUGCCAUUAACUUUUUUAUUUUUUUAAACGGUGAGUUGUAUGUGCCAAUAAAACAC